AGCGUCCCUUCCUCUCUUAAUGAAAGAUUCUCUUAAUUAAGUGAAUCGGGGUUAAAAUUUGCCGCGCCUAUUCUUCAAUUUGGCAAUCUGCGAGAUUCACGCACGCGCUAAGAGCUCACAAUUCCACUAUUAGGAUCUUUAGACCUUCUAUGCUCUAGCUGGCGGGCAUAAGGUGUAUUUAAAUAAAAUUACUCGUUUCUAACGUGCGAGAAACCGCUGCGCUCAGUGGCUCGGUGUGAAGUGGUGUCAAUAUGUCAACGCCGAAAACUCUGUACGUCGGCAACUUGGAUCAUGCAGUAUCCGAGGACCUGUUGUGUGCUCUGUUCUCUCACAUCGGCACCGUUACGAGUUGCAAGAUCAUCAGAGAGAUGCUAUCCGUGCUGCUGUGCGUCCUGCUGAUCGGAUACCACAACCACGUGCAGGCGGUAGUGAACAAAGCGAGCUCGCAAGUACCGUUAACCAAGGAAGAAGAGAAACCCGGCAAGGCCGUAGCCGGUGACAGAAUAAGCAAUACUUUCGCCUCUCUGUCCGAGGAAUACGGACCGCCGUCAGGGUUUAACGGGCCGGCGCCGGUGUACGGGCCUCCGGAGUUAGUCGGUAACCUCGGGCCAACGGCCGUUUAUCCACCGCCACCAGCGGAAUUGCCGCCGCCUGUGUACGGAGUGCCGGUCGUCUCCUAUGGCCUGCCGGCGCCGUUGCCGCCACCGCGGAGUAUCAAGCCGCAAUAUGUAGCCCCGCUGAAGCAAAGUUUCACCUUGCUAUCGACUUCCCUCCUGCCGAAGCCUAGCUACGGCCCGCCGAAACUUCAUUACGGACUGCCGAAGCAACACUUUACGUCGUUCCCGCAAUUCAGAUUGCCGAAACCUCAGUACACUCCAGCAUUGAAGUUCGUCGGUACAUCGAGUCAGUACGGGCCGUUCAAGGCAGGCCACGGGCCACCUAUCCCUAUAUCGCUCGAGACUUACGGUCCGCCGCCUCCGAAAUUAGCUAUUCAGUUUAAUCCUCUGGCCAAUGACGAGUACGGUCCGCCGCCCGCGCCGCAACCGCAAUACGGUCCACCGGCCGGUGAUUUAUACGAGCCUCCGCCGCCGGCACCUCCGCCAGGAGUUCCAGCGCCACCCACGCCACCUGACAUAAAGUACGAUGGAUGGCAGCCCAUCGCGGGAUUGGCCAGCUCCCCUAAUCAAAGUGGCCCACCGACAGAUACGUAUGGUCCACCCACCGAGGCGAAGCGUAAUUACGCGAAGGGCUCGUCUUCUUCCGGCACGCACUUGUCCCACGCGUCCUUGAGCGUGCCGACCGACUCGAACGUGCCGAGCGACUCUUACGGCGUGCCGAUACACAACCCGGAGGCGCAGGACCUGAAGACGUCCGUGCACCAGUCUUCGGAGAGCAACGGACUGCCGCCGCCGCCGUUGCCGCAGCAAGAGCCGCUGCACAACAACCAGGGUCCGGGGGCCGUCACUUCCGCCGACUCGCAUCAAUACGGCGCGCCAAACAUCGAGCCCUUGUCCAUCGUGAAGACGGUGGGAUUCGAGUUGUUACCGACGACCGGGCCUGUGACCGACGCGGACCUCCACGGUUUGUCAUUGUCGGACGUCUCGUCCUUCAACCACGUCAAUUCCGCUUCGCUUCACUCCGACGGCAACAACGGGGAUUCUCAUGGCUUCCAAAAUGCGGGGCUCGACCUGCCGCCGCAGACGAGUGAUUACGGCGCGCCUUUCAACACUUUCGCCGGAGUUUCACCGCCCUUACUGUCCCCUCCGCCUUUGGACACCUAUGGUGCGCCACCUCUUUCAUCUUACUCGCCCAACGGACCGUACCCGGUCGGUGGACGAGGCGCGCCUCCGUUCUUCGGAGCGUUCGGAGGCUCUUUCCAUAAGCAAAACCUGCACCAUUCCAAAGCCCACGCUCCGUUCAGACCACCGGUUCCUCUCGGUUCUCUGAUACCGCCGCGCAAUCGGGAUCCGAUCAAGUUCAGGGAACCUAUACCGACGGGCCUCUUGUCGAACAUUAAUCGAUAUGUGCCGGCGUUCGCGAAACAAAAACUGCCGUCGAUACCGCUCGGACAACAAUUGCCGAGCUACCACGCGCCAGUACCUUUCCGUUACGCAUCGGGACCGGGUAAUUCGUUUUCCGGCUCCCUUUUCUCGGCCGGAUACAAUUCCCCGAUUGCCGCGCCGCACGUUCAGUACGGCACGCCGCUGUCCUUCACCGACUUCAAUACACCAGCACCCCAAUUGACGUACGGAGCGCCUAAUUUCGGCCCACCGACCUCUUACGUAUCGACGUUCUCCGGAUUCGGUCGGAACCUUUACAGCGAUGUUGGCAACGCGUUGACAACGACGUACGGCGUUCCGUUAGUGAACGACGCGUCGUUGGCGAUCAGCGGUGGUCACGACUGCAAUUCCCUGCAGCCGCUCUUUCCCUCGAACGUACCGGAAUUGUCCGCGAGAGGAGAGCCACCUUUGAGUAGUAGUUUAUCCUCGAGCGGAGAGGCGCCCUUGGACGGGCAGCUGGCCAGCGGAUUACCUGCUGCACAUUCGAACGGUAAACUGCAAUUCGGUUUUGAAAUCGCGCCGAAUUCCGCCGGGCAUACGGUCUUCGCUAACUCGCUGUCAACGGGCUUCGCGAGUACCGGCGUCAGUAACGGCGCGUUCGGCCAGCCGAGUCCGGUCUACAACGGCGACUCCUCGCCCGCGAAACCGUUCGAUAACUUCUUGGGGGGACCGUCGGUGAACACGCUGGACUUGCAACACAAUGAGCAGCAAAAGGUCAACCUGAAAGACAGCUACGGCAAUCCCGUGGGAGUAACUUACGACGCGAGCAACGAAGCGAGCAAGACCGUCCACGCGACCACCCGCGAUGUUUCGAACGAGAUCUCCGCGCAUUUCUCCAGUCAGAAUGUCUAUCCCGAAGCGGCGAAGCUCCAGCGCGGCUCGAAAAUAUCGCCCGAGGCGUUCACCGCGAGCCUAACCGCGCAAAGCUUCGGUAGAGGGAAGAAUCUCGACUCGAACGAGGUGGACGCUGGUCAAUUCUUAAAGUCGAGCGAGGGCAGCGAGGCGCUGUCUUUGGCGCAACGACUGACCGCGAACAAUGCUGAAGAUUUUGAGAUUCAAGGCUCCAAAGGCACCUACACGCUGCAGAUACAACCUGCAAACGGAGGAUUUGGCACCGAAAACUCGGACGGCGGCAUCAGGCACGAUCACGUGUUGUCCGAUGGACUGCUGCAGAACAUAAUAGCCGCUAUAGAGCGACCGGGUGACGGUCCCGUUCAGCUUCAAGGUCCACCGGAGUCUCAGCUGUUGAAGAAAGUUUUCGACAAUUUGCCCGAAGGGACCGAUGUGAAAAAUCACUUGAUCAGUUCGCCGGAGAACUGCGGACCGCAAGAACGAAGCGAGCAAGUUGGCGUUAAGAGCGCAAACGACAAAUAUCCGCCUGUGGCUUUAUUCUUUAACGCUAAGUACGGAGAAGGGAAAAAUGAGAUUAGAUUGAUGUCGAAAAGCGAAACCCAAGUCACGAAAGAGACCGGACAGAGCAAAACGCAAUCCUUGUAAUCUAGAUUGUUGCCUUUAUGAAAAUAUUUCAUAGUAAUUUUCAUGAGAGAGAUGCAUCCUGAGAUCGCUCGGAUGCGGAGAGUUCCGACGGGGAUAUCGCGAUGCUAUUUACUUUCUUUGCUUGCGGUCGAUCAACUAAGAAUUCCGGUGAAUGAUCUGCGAAAUCUGCGACAAUGUCGCAACUAGUUUUUUGCAUAUCGGAGCGUUAUAGCCACUUCGGUAACUUCCUCCUUCGAAUCAUAAAGACGAAUGAUCGCAUUUCCUUAUGUUUUAACAUAUGAGGAUUUUCAUGUUUUGCGAAGAAGUUCCACAACGUGCGCGUUGUAAACUGGCAAAGAAACACAUUGAAGUGUACCCUUCCGAUUUUAAUGAGUUUCGAAUAUGUUGAAAAAUGGGAGACACGUUUGUUAUACGUGUUCACUUUUAGAGAGUAAAAAGAAUCGGUUUUUGUUCUUUCGGAGGGCGGAAAUAUCACAUGACAUUUAUGCUUGAAACAUAUUCGCAUGUGAUGAUCAUGAAAAAAAUGUUGAAUACAAAGAGAUUUCUUACAAUUCGGUCUGACCUGAAUCAAAAUCAGAGUAAGACAUUUGCGUGUGUUUCUUUGUGAGUAUGAAACAACGUUCAGCAACUCGAUGUUACAGCUCUUCCCGAUAACUUGUUUUAUCGUUUGAAUUCUCGAAGUCAUUCUAGCGUAAAUGUUGCACCGUGCAAUUUCUGGUGCGGCGCUUCAAAAACACCUUCACAAAAGUAUGAUCGACUGGAAGCUGGAAUUAGAAGGCACGAGCCGCGCGAGUGGAGAACGAAAGUAAAUGUAAUCCUUUUUCUCUUAUUGCAAGCAAGCGAAAGUGAUAAUUACUUGUUGGCCAGUGUAUCGAUAACAGGUUAUUAGACGAAGCGCUCGUUCAAGAAGUACUUUUCAGCAGGAUUACGCGAGCGAUUGUAGGAAGAGAGACGCGCGCGAGUGCUUGCGGCAUUUUUAUCGCAUGGUCAGAUUUCACGUUCGCGAAUUGUACGUUUACCGGAAUUUGACCGACCAAAGAAUACAGGACGUUCGCCGAUGUCCUCGCGUCAGCGGCUUAUCCUACCCUUCGUCGUCCGUGGAAAUCUCGUCGGCUCGAUAGCUCUUCUCCCCGAGAACGGAUCACUGCUAAUUAUUCGACGUCGAGCGAGAUUUUUGUUGGACCAGCGGUAAUCGCUGGCAUUAUCUUUAAUCCGAUCCCAACGAAAAUGGCCUGAUAUUCGCCGUUUGCUCUCGUGUGAUAUGCAGAUACAUCAUGCGCGUUUAUUAAUACUCAUGUAGGUCAAUAGGUUACGGCGCUGCUCUCGCGAAGUAUACAGCUAGCGACGUGGCGUCGUAAGCCGCGCAAAGUCGUUCGAUCGUCGUUCGCCGGUCGGUGAUCGACGGCCUCGUAUCUUUCGCGGUUUCAACCUUUGCCGAGGUGAAUGUUCAAAACCUCGUUUAACCACCCGGAGGCGGAACAGUACCUAUGAAAAUCUCGUUUUGAGUGAAACGCAUCUCUCUUGCGGGCGUUCGAGCGAUUGUCCUCUGUAACGAAUAAUCGGUGGAUGCGGAUACGUCUAGUCCGCUGCUUACGUGCGAAAAAGGAGGAACACACGCCACGUGCUUACGGGGGCUGCGUGCGGCGGAAAUAUAGAGCACCCUUGAAACGUCGAUACUAUCGGGAGAGAACGAACCAUUACUUCCUUCCGCGGUAGUCGUGCCGCGCGUAAGUCGAAAAUGAGUGCGUGUCGUGAAAGCGCGCCGUUAAAAUCCCGAAUGUGGCGUAAUCUUAAAGUUCUUGCAUUUUUAUGGUUUCGCCUGGCAAACGGUUAUGCAUAACUUGGUGCACCAUUGCAGAUACGUAAAAUAAGUAGAGCGUAUACGUUCAAGAGACGUGUUCAUUGUUACGAAGUAACGCAGCGACGAUACUGCCAAGCCAUAAAACGCAUCCACUCGCUCCUAACCCAUAUCCACCUUCUCUCUUUUUUUUAGGGUUUUAAUUUAUUCUUUUAUACGCGCGUACAGCACGGGCAUCCAGCUUAUAUCCGACGAGCAAUCGACGCUAUCACUCGCCGGAUAUAACGAACUUGUUAGCUUGUACUUUUGAUAUAUCUACGCCUAGUAUGUAAAUAUAUCGACACUCUUUGUAAA